GACUGGCUCCAUGGCUAGUCAGAGUUCCCACGAGUCACACACAGCCCUGCUGGCCCCAUUAACUUAUGGGGAGCCCACAACAGGGGACCCCUGUGAUUCCUCCUCAGAUCUAAUUAUUGAUUCAGGGGAGGCGUUGGAGAAACAGGGUGACCAACCUGAGAGCCCCGAUCCAGGCCUCCAUGACAAUCUGCCCCCACAGGGCCCAAAGCCAGAAAUGGCCAACAAGGAAGAGAACAACGCCGUCCUCGGGCUGUCCUUCCCCAGGAAGCUCUGGAGGAUCGUGGAGGAUGCGGCCUUCACCUCUGUGCGCUGGAAUGAUGAGGGAGACAUGGUGGUCAUCGAGGCAGAUCUCUUCCAGACAGAGGUCCUCCAGCGCAGAGGUGCGGACCAGAUCUUCGAGACAGAAAGCAUCAAGGGCUUCAUCCGUGAACUGAACCUGUACGGUUUCAGUAAAAUCCGCCCUUCGUGUCACUCUGCAGGGAAGAAGAUGAUGAUCUAUCGCAACUCCAAUUUUCAGAGGGACAAACCUCUCCUCCUGCAGAACAUCCCAAAGAGAAAGAAGCGAGUGAUGUCAACCAGACACUCUCCUCAACUCCAUCACAACCAGCGCACCCAAGAGGUGGGCAAGAAAGUCCAGAAGGGAACCCCACCUGCUCGCAGAACCCCCAGGCGACGAUCAUCUGGGCUCUUUCGCAUUUGCUCUAUGUGCGGUGUAGCCGGGCAGGCCAGGGUAAAGCAUCUCCGCAGCAAGCAGGGUGGCCCCAGUGGAAAGGGCACGUCCAAAAGUGCCAUGUCUGUAUGCCCAGCUACUUCUGGGAGGAAGAGUACUGGGAAAAUGCCCAAGAGCCCCCCAGAUUAUGAUUCAGUGAUGGCUCUGUACAACACCUGUUACUCCAUGCUGAUGGCAGCCCUUGCCGGCAGAGCCCCAAACGAGGCCUCUGAGGCAGAGUAGGAGCAGGGAGAGCUCUCAGAGGUCCUCUGUGAGCAGGUCAAGGACAAGCCCCAUCCCUGACCUCUCAGGUUCCUGGGGACACUCCAAAGUACUCUCUUGUAAUCAGAAAUUGGUUUUUGGCUCUAGUAAAGAGGUGCAAAACUACACAUGA